AUGUCCCCCAGCACGAUCCCCCAAUUCCUGCUCCCCCGCGGGAUGCCCUCCCAACGCACCCUCCACGCCCUCGCCCGCCGCAGCACCCCAACCCGCCUGAGCACCGUCACCAGUAUCCCCUCCACGCGCCGCUGCGCCUCGUCAGACAACAGCACCAGUGCCAAACCGCGCGUUCUCGCCCAGCCAGACAAGUUCCGCCCGCCGUCGCACCCCGCGCGACGGGUCGUGCAGACGCGCAACGGCAAGGUCGUCGGCGGCGGCGGGCCCAUCAACUAUCCGGGCCCGCGCCUGUCGGAGAAGGAGAAGGAGGAGCAGAAGCACCGGGAGUAUCCGAAUAUGUUCCCGCCGGAGGGGACGGUGAUGUAUAAGUUUCUGACGAGUCGGUGGAUUCAUAUCUGGAUUGCGAUGGGUGUGCUCACAUCCCUGGCCACGUUCACAUUCACCACGAACUUCAAGCACAGCUCGCCGUACGCGCAUCUGCUCCCGCCGUGGUCGGCGCUGUUCGCCCACCCGAUCGACACCGUGUCGCAGGCGCUGGCUGUCUUCCGCAUGCAUGUGCAGCAUAACUCGGUCGAGACGCGGGAGAAGCGGCUCAAGCGGGUCGAGGAUGCGGAGAAGAGGCGCCAGUAUCGCAUCGCGCAUGGGCUGGAGGAACCCGCGGAGACGGACGGCAAGGCCGAUGCGGAUGCGGAUGCGCCUGUCGUUGAUGACCAGUCACCUGUCGCUGUUGAUGUGCCGGCAAGCAGUGGGGCGGAGUAUGUUGACUGGGAUGGGCAGAAGAAACCCGUGAAGAAGUGGUUGGGUAUUUGGUAG